UGCGCCUCCUCCAUUCACUUCUCCUAUAAACUCCACUCCUCCUCCUCCUCCUCCUCCUUCGCUUCGUCCUCCUCCUCUCCGAUCCUCCGCCUCCUCUUCGAGAACUUUGUGCGCGUGCCAGGAUCGACCCAAACAUCCAAGCCCUACUCCCAAAGGGCGGCGAAUUAGCGAGGAUGAGGCCGGUUUUCGUGGGCAACUUCGAGUACGAUACUCGCCAGUACGAGCUGGAGCGCCUCUUCUCCAAGUACGGGAGGGUUGAGCGCGUCGACAUGAAAUCUGGCUUUGCAUUUGUGUAUUUUGAGGAUGAGCGUGAUGCUGAAGAUGCUAUCCAUGGCCUUGAUGAUGUCCCAUUUGGUUAUGAUAGACGCAGAUUGUCUGUUGAGUGGGCCAAGGGUGAACGUGGACGGUAUGGAGAUGGUUCGAGGUCGGUGCCGAACCAGAGGCCCACUAAAACACUGUUUGUUAUAAACUUUGAUCCCCUUCGCACAAAGGCUCGUGAUAUAGAAAGACACUUUGAGCCUUAUGGGAGAAUACUUAAUGUUAGAAUCCGGCGUAACUUUGCAUUUGUGCAGUUUGAGACACAAGAUGAAGCAACAAGAGCUCUUGAAUGCACUCACAUGAGCAAGAUGUUAGAUAGGGUGGUGUCUGUUGAAUAUGCUCUGAGGGAUGAUGAUGAGAGGGAUGACUUUAGAGGAAGUUAUGGUCGGCGUGGGAGUAGUCCUUAUGGGCGAUCAGUGAGCCCUGGAUAUCGCCGUCGGCUUAGCCCUGAUUAUGGUCGUGCUCACAGCCCUGAUUAUGGUCGUGCUCGUAGCCCUCGUUAUGACCAAUACAGUGGCCCAGCUUACAGAAGUCCUGUUUAUGAUAGAAACAGGAGUUCAGAGUAUGGAAGAUAUCGCAGCCGCACACCCAUUCGGAGAUGAAGAAGUUGGAGGCUUUUCUUCGAGGAUCAGCAUCUAACUUUUCAACCAGGCUUUUGCCGUGUCGCCUCGUGCAAGAGAUGCUCUCUCUCUCUCUCUCUCUCUCUGUGUGUGCAUGUGUAUUCUGAAAGUGUACCUGGCUAUGCAUAGAUUUAGUUAUCUUUUCUCGUUUCCUGGUUACCAUAGAUAUAGUUGUCAAUUAGCAUAGUUAUCCUGUUUCUCUUUGCCCGACUGAUGGAUUUUGGUCACUUGCUUCAACUAGGAGGUUUUGGCACAUUAUUUCAUAUUGGCAUGGAUAUAGUUGUCGCUUACAGCA